UCCUCGCUGACGAAUAGGACGUGUCGGAGACAGGUAUUUAGACCAUAUUGUGCGGCGAACACGCGUAACUUGCAUGUAUUUCUUGUAUUUUCUUUUUUUCGUUCUCCUUGCGUUCUACCUGGGCAGCCAUUACAAACCGAAAGCUGGUUCACGACCACUGGGAAAGAAAGAAAAAAGAAUGACAACAAGAAGGUUGAAAAAAAUACACGAGGACCUUCAAGUUUACCUCUCUUGUGUCCGUACCACACCUCGAACGGCACGAGCGCGCUGGAAGUUGAAUGCGGCAUCGUACGUUUACCGGCUGCGAAAGCCCUCGACAAAGGACAUGGGCCGGGCCGCCCUUCUUCCUUUCUUUCUUUUGUUUUUUUUUGUCGUCUAGCUGUACGUGUGCGGCGACGUGUAGUUUUCGAUCACCACAACGCCGUGACAUCGCACUUACCGAACAGUGGAACUUGAUAUGCGGCGCGCUGACGGUUCCUGAACCAUGCGAGAAGGAAAGCCACAAUGCUGAUUUUACCUAGACUGUGGGUGAGGCUCCUUCCCAGAGCAGCUCUGGGCUCAUUGGUCGCUCUUUCCUGCGUCGCUCUGAUUGGUCAAUUGAGCCCGAUCAUAUCGUACCACACGCAGAACCUCGCCAUCUACGUGAAUCGAGGUUCUCAAUCAGCCGGCAUUGAGAGCCGCCGCCGGAUUGCCACCAAGCGUGCAUACCAAGGUGCCGAGCCCGUGGAGUUGCCCCUUGCUUUGUUUCCUCAAGAAGAUACGGGAGGCGACAUCCUACGACGUGAAUUGAAUAACGUUGCCGCGAAGACAGAAAAGCGAUCGAGAGUAGCAAGCGCACAAACCGGUGUUUCGGAAAACUCGACGGUACCGCAUAUACUCGACUCACUCACUAAGGUGCCUGCAGUGAAAACUCCCCACCUCGACUAUGCAAACGUGGUGCUUAGAACUCCAGGUAUCAGGAAGCUUCCUCCGAUAACCAGCUUACAACGCGUUUCAAAGCCUUUGGCCAAAGUUGACAUAAGACGAAACUCGAGCGUCCUCCAGAGAAACCACACUUCAGUCAAGGCAAAAGUCGUGCCAGACAGAGUUGCGGAAGCAAGAGGCAACAAACCGGGUGCCAACGAAACGGUGCUGCCCAAGAUUCCAGACAAUUACGUCAUUGUCGAUCCAGCUAAGAAAAAGCUAAUCCUCUUGCUCGCCUAUUUCCGGUCGGGUUCGUCCUUCCUCGGGGGGCUUUUGUCUUCGGCGAGCAACAUGACCUUCUUCAGUUACGAACCGCUCAGCCUAUUGAGCACUGCCGAGCGCCUGGACCCUCAGAAGGCUCCGCGCGGUCUGGAGAUCCUCGCAAACCACCUGACGUGCCAGUUCCCGCGCAUGUCCGACUAUCUGGCGGUGGCCCCCAAGCGAUGGAACCACUACGCUCCGAACUCGUUUCUCAUGAGGCUGUGCGGCCGCAAGGUCAAGGUGUGUCUCAACCCGGAGUUCAUGGCGGACGUGUGCCGACGCUCGCCUGUGCAGGUCGCCAAGGUGACCCGGCUCAGCGUUGUCCAAGUGCUGCAGUGGUUGCGGCUGAAUGCUCCUCUAAGAGGAAGCCUGAAAGUCGUGUACCUCGUUCGGGAUCCGCGUGGAAUGAUCUCUUCCAGGAACUUCAUGUCCUGGUGCAGAAGGUCCGCCGUUUGCAGUAAGGCCAAGAACCUCUGCAGGGAAAUGGAGGAAGACCUGGACGCUUUCGAAGAGCUCAGAGAACUUCUGCCGGAAGCGACGGUGCGCGUGCGUUACGAGGACAUCGCGAAGCGGCCCAUCAACGAGUCGAUGGCUCUCUUUCGCGCUCUCGGCUUGGAGUUCUCGGCUGGCGUGACUGAGUUUCUCAGAACUCACACGGUGGUGAACGACACCAAAGUUCUUCGGAACCCUUACUCGACGGUGAGACGAUCCAGUGCCACCGCGUUCAUGUGGACCAAGAAGCUCAACUGGGAUCGAGUGAAAGAGGUUCAGACCGCGUGUGCUCCAGUCUUGACGCGACUCGGCUACAAAGUGUUCCGGAACCAGGAAGAGCUCAAGAACGUGUCGCUUAGUAGUUGACGGCUCUGGCUCAAUGCAUGAGUGUAAGGCGAUUGCGACUGGGUGACGAAAAUAGCCUCGCAUUGGGGCCAGCUGUGGUUACACUUUAGCGUUUUUAUCGCGCGUUACGACCACGUGCCCAUACGUUAAUUCUCUGGCAAAUAUAAGCAGAAGGUGUGUGAACCGCUUGUGUACAAUGAGUGGUCGCUCGCGGAGCAGGUGCGGCAUGCAAUCAUGAAUGAACUCAACUCUCACGCUGUCAAGCAGUCGGCUCCGCUUGCAAGACCAGACCACGUGGUCCGUGUCGCUUACUCGGCUGCACUUAGCGCAACAUAAACAGCACGCCUAACCUUAGACGCCCAUGGUGUAGUGUUACAAUUUCGUUCCAACGCUAUAAAAGAAGGUGGUUUCUGUGCGGUCAA